AUGGGUCGCGGCCGUGGUUCCACCUCCGGUAACAAGCUGAGAAUGACCUUGGGUCUGCCUGUCGGUGCCGUCAUGAACUGCGCCGACAACUCUGGCGCCCGUAACCUCUACAUCAUCUCCGUCAAGGGUAUUGGUGCUCGCCUCAACCGUCUCCCCGCUGGUGGUGUUGGUGACAUGGUCAUGGCCACCGUCAAGAAGGGAAAGCCUGAGCUCCGCAAGAAGGUCAUGCCCGCCGUUAUCGUCAGACAGUCAAAGCCCUGGAGACGCGCCGACGGUAUGUUCCUCUACUUCGAGGACAACGCCGGUGUCAUCGUCAACCCCAAGGGUGAGAUGAAGGGUUCCGCCAUCACUGGCCCCGUCGGAAAGGAGGCCGCUGAGCUCUGGCCUCGUAUCGCCUCCAACUCCGGUGUUGUCAUGUAA